AUGAAUCAUGAGGUUAUUGAGAUUGAGGAUGAAAGCACUAGUGCUAUUACAUUGGGGAAAGGCGAGGAUUCAUUCAGGCCCAACGUCAUUGAUUUAUCUUUAAUGGAAGAUCAAAGCGUAUCUGCUAACAAAUCUACAGGCAACUCGGCAUAUCCGUCAUCGCCAGUAUUUAAACGUGUCCUGCCGAAUGCAAAUGAUAUUGAGGGCGUUUCAGGGUCUCUGGAAAUAUCGAUACCGUUUGCCCACGACGAACCCAGUGCUCAUACUGAAGGGUCAUCUCAACGAGUAAGUUCAAGUCAGGCGGACAAGUCAAACAGGAUGAAAUCAACAAGGAUACUAGAUGAUUUACUACUGGAUAGCUCCCUAGAUCAUAGUUUGGGCGUAGGUAAAGGCUUUAUUCCUACGGUUAAAUGUCCUGAGGAUUCUAAGAAUGUAACUCCCCAAAAACCAGGAACUAACAACCAACAUGACCGUUUGUUCCCGCAAAACGGUACAUCCAUACGUGAUAGUAAUAUUCCAGGCGAUGAUGUGAAGCUUGCUCAAAACGAUGCAUUCUUCUCUAACGGUAAUAUUUUUGGAGGUGAUAUGUUGCCUGCCCAAAACGUUUUAGAUGAGUUCCCGAUCUCUUCGCCCAUUUCAAUGGAGAAGAAUAGUGUUACGGAGCAAGGAAAAGAUCCCCAAUUAUUUCCUGAUUUACAGAAAAGUAUGAAGAGCAUCCCCCGAAAGAGAACCAUUAAAAACAAGGGUUUUAGCAUUAAAACGAAUGCUGAUACAGUUGAAUUAGAUACCCCGUUCUUUUUAGACGACACUACCGAUGUAUUUCAAGACUAUACGAAAUCACUUCCCGGUAGCCCCCUGACCAAAAGAAGGAAGGCACAGAAUACUCAAAUACAUCGUAAAAAGACGAAUGAGCCUAUUGGGUUAUUGAAGAGGUCCGCAACCGUUGAUCUUAGUGGUUUAUAUAACGACGAUAAGGCACACUUAAAGAACGAUUUUUCGAAGCUUGCAAGGUACAUCACGAACGGUCAGAUAUUUACGGAAGAUGAGUCAAGAUCACUUGUAUUUAAGCACUAUAACGAGAAUAGAACUGCAUUCAAGCAGGCCAAUCAGAUAUAUCGGGAUAAUGAAAAGGCUAGAGAGAGUAUAAUCGUGGAGAUUCCGAAGUCGUUGCUGCGGAUUGCCACGGAACUGGACUUCGACAUAAAGGACACGAUCAAGCCAGCCACUGUACAGACAUCCUACGACAACGAUAUCCCCAGGAUACGAUUUUUACGACGUUGCGAUAGCGUUUAUGAUUUCAAGCACGACUAUUACUACCCUUGUGACCGGAAGAUAAUAGAGGAGAAUACUACGCUACUGUACUACGAAGCAAAAAGCUUUUUCCUACAGUACUCGAAGAACAAGAAAUCUCUGUACAAUAGCAUACGAGAGACUCUGAAAAAGGAUAAACUUGUUAUACUGGUUUUAUACGAUCUGGGCAAGUUCCGGAAGGGUUUAGAAACACUUCAGGAUAAAAAAUACAAAGAUCUGGUUAACCAACAAUUGACUGGGAAGGAGAGUCCGACGAAGUCAUCGCAGAUAGCUCGUAAAAAUGCACAAGAAUUGGAAUCCCUGAAUAUGCAAUAUUUCGACGUGGAGCAAAGGAUACAGUACAUCUCUAGGGAGUGGAACAUGAAAGUCCAUACGGUAAACUCACAUUUGGAUUUUUUGCAUUCGUUGACCAAUCUAACGUCGCUAAUUGGGAAACAGAGGAUGGACCCUGCCCUGAGAUUCAUGCAGUAUGCACAUCUGAACGUUCGUGCGGGCAAGGACAAGACAGACAUUUUGAGGAAAACAUUGCAUGAGAUCGGCAGGAUGCCCGAACUGAGAGCAAGGGGGAUUACUAAGGAGUACACGACGUUCCAGUCUUUGUUCCACGACUUCUGCUCCGCAGAGCUGCGGUCUGCACCGGAUGGCGGGCAUUUAAUGACGGAAAGCAUGGAGAAAAGAAUGUACAAACUUUUUACCUCCAAAGACCCAAACGAGAAUAUCGAGUAA